AAUACAAAAAGGUUCCCUGUGCAAACCAAUUUUUUUUACAUGCAUAGCAAAUUAGUUUAUGGUUAUUAGAAGCCUGAGAUGUAAUGUCCAAGUUAUUGUGCCAUAUUUGGAGAACUUGUUUAUGCUUCAUCCAUCGUUGUGCCUUUGAACUGGUAGAACAGAAAAUAAAAUGAAAAUUGUCCAACUAGUUGCCAGAUAUUCCUAGGACUAUAUAAAUGCCAUGCUGGAAAUGCUUGAGUAUAAUCAUUAUCAGGUGCAGACUCACCUGGAAAACCCCACCAAGUACCACAUCCAACAAGCUCAACGGCAACAAGUCAAACAAUACCUCUCAACUACGUUAGCAAAUAAGCACAACAAUCAGGCGUUAAGCUUACCUUGCCCAAAUCAGCCCGUUGACCACGUUAUGCCACCAGGCACUGGAAGCAGUGCACCCAACAGCCCUAUGGCCAUGCUUACAUUGAACUCCAACUGUGAAAAAGAGGGCUUUUAUAAAUUUGAAGAACAAAGCAACAGAGCCGAAAAUGAAUGCCAGUCUCUGAAUACUCAUUCUCGAGUGCAAUGCAUGCAGAUGGAUGAUGUAAUUGAUGACAUAAUCAGUUUGGAAUCAAGUUAUAAUGAAGAAAUCUUUGGUUUGAUGGAUCCUGCUCUACAAAUUGCAAAUACGUUACCUGUCUCUGGCAAUAUAGUGGACCUGUAUGGGAAUCAAGGUUUGCCUCCUCCAGGACUUAACAUCAGCAAUUCCUGUCCUGCUAACCUUCCUAAUAUAAAAAGGGAACUCACAGGACUUGGCCGUCUCGUUCCCCAACCUUCUGGAGAAGAUUUUGAGGGUGCAGGGUACACAGGGGUACACGAAAAAGGAGGAAUCUCUUCCUUUCCUGUUCUACUGAUGGAAAAUAUUCUGGCAGAUGGAGGCUUAACUGAAUGCAGCCCGUUAUCCUCAGAAUCAGAGGCAAGAGCUUUGGCCAAAGAAAGACAAAAGAAAGACAAUCACAAUUUAAUUGAAAGAAGACGACGAUUCAAUAUUAAUGAUCGCAUUAAAGAACUUGGUACUCUGAUACCGAAGUCAAAUGACCCAGACAUGCGUUGGAACAAGGGAACUAUUUUAAAAGCCUCUGUGGACUACAUCCGUAAAUUGCAAAGAGAACAGCAAAGGACGAAAGAGCUGGAGAACAGACAAAAGAAGCUGGAACAUGCUAAUAGACAUCUUUUGCUCAGAAUACAGGAGCUUGAGAUGCAGGCUCGAGCUCACGGACUUUCCAUCAUGCCAGCCACGGGCCUUUGCUCUCCAGAAAUGGUAAACCGGCUGAUCAAGCAAGAGCCUGUGCUUGACAACUGCAGCCAGGAAAUCCUUCAGCAACACCAUCCUGAGCUUUCUUCCACAACUACUCUUGACCUUACCGACGGCACCAUCACUUUCAACGGCAGCCUGGCAAACGUGACAGAAUCGGCCACAAGCACCUACACCAUCCCUCCCAAAAUGGGAUCUAAACUGGAAGAUAUGUUGAUGGAUGAUACUCUGUCUCCCGUUGGAGUUACUGAUCCACUUCUAUCGUCGGUCUCUCCUGGGGCUUCAAAAACAAGUAGCCGGCGGAGCAGUGUAAGCAUGGAAGACACCGACCAUGCUUGUUAGUGGAUAUCCUUAGACAGGCCUCUCACAAACUUCUUCAUUUUUCCUGAUCAGUAGAUUAAAGUAACUUUUCUUCUCCCCUUAAUAUUUGAAUAUAUAAAUCUACGGAUAGCUCAGCGUAUAUGUGACUUUUUUUAAUGUUUGAAAAGACUUGUAUAUUGUUUUAUAACUACAGUGCUUCCAAAGUAUAGUACUGUAUCUGUGAACUGGAUUCAUCAAGGAACGCCAAAUGAUUUCAUCUCUACUCAGAAGCAAUAGACGUCUACAGAUCAGCAAGAUCCACUAAAGAGGAAACUUCAGUAAAACUAAGUAAAGUGACUUGGAAGUGAAAUGAAGAAGAAUGUAUAGAAACCAAAAAGAAAAUUAGCUUUGUAUAAACUAUUUUUCUGUUGACUUAAUAGUGCCUCCUUUAAAAAAAAGCAUACAGUAUCUAUUAAUUCAUAUAAUCUUUCCCAUGGUGUUAGAUACUAUACAUGUAUCAACAGGUUACCUGUACAGAAACUAACUGAUUUUAAGUACAGUUCGAACUAGAUUUAAUGCAAAGGAGAGAUAUCUAAAGAUUCAGUGAUAUUUAAGUUCAUAUUAUUAUCCAUUCAAAAUUAUGUCUUAUCUUUUCCAAAAGCAUUACUUUUAAAUAAUCAUGAGAAAACUAUUUUAAAAAAAUAUUUUGCAAGACUUUAUAUUGCAAACUUAGUAUUUUUCUCUCAAUGGGGCAUAAACAAUUAUUUCCUUUUUUAAAAAAAAAUAUGUGGUACCAAUAUCUGAUUUAAAUGAAAUUUUCAAUUUUUUGAUUCAACAUUUCAUUCUAAAUACAUUUUUUAAUAAGAAAAUGCCUCUCGCCAUUGCAUCAAGUUUUUGACAGUUAAAUUCCACUGAAAGAAAGCCAAUUUAGUGUAGUGGUUAAAACACCAGACUAGAAACUGGGAGACCAUGAGUUCUAAUCCUGCCAUAGGCACAAAACCUAAGUGGUUGACCUUGGGCCAGUUACUCUCUCUUAGCCCUGGGAAACAGACGAGGGCAAAUCACUUCCAAAAUCUUGCCAAGAAAAUUCCAGGCAGUUGCCAGGAAUCAAAAACUGACUGGAAGGCGCCCACACAAACCCCGCUGAAUGGAUUGUUUUACGUUUUUUUUUAAAUGCCCAUUUCAGUAUAAGCUUUGAUGCAGGUACCUGUCUUUUCACGAGUGGAUUUGUUGCUAUUUUGUAUAUUACAGUCUUCUUUGAAAGGAAUGUUUUGACACCGACAGUUUAAAUAAUAACGCAGAUUUAAUCUAGUUAACAAAACAGAGCUCAGUAUAAAACAAAAACCCUGGGGUGAGGGAAACCCCAACAUGCUCCUUUUUUUUAAAGUGAGAGUAAUAUUGUUGAAAAUAAGGUUGCUAUGUUCUUUCAUACCGUAUUACACUUUUCAGCAAUCGUGUUGGGAAAAAAAUGACUGUAUCUUCAGGUGACUGUGUCUUGAGCCCAACAAUGUUAGAUUUAACCAUGCAACAGUGUUGUUGUAAGAGCAUGUUCUGUGCAUUAUCUACUCUGGUGUAGGCCUAUGCAAUAACAGUAGUGGCACCUUUACCCUAACCCUAACCUUGCCUAAUUAUUUUUAUACAGAGGUUGUAUAAUCUAACCAGUUGAGCAAGAGAUAAGUUUUCCACCAUAGCAUGGAAUCCUAUCUCCUGGAGAAUGAAGUGCCUUAAAUUUAGCUGUAAUCCUUAUGAACUAUGACUGAAGUGUGAUGUAGGAGAAAUUGAGGGGAGAAGGGAAGGAAUCAAAGGGGGGUAGUUGUUGGGCUUAGGUCAUGAAACAAAGAGUUUCUGAUCCUCCCACAGUCUUUGCGUUUCCUAAAGUUUUUUUUUACUCCCAUGUCUGGAUCUGCUUUGCUUACAUAUUCAGGAAGUCUUGGCUACUGGUCAACGAUAAGCCUUCAGAAUGCUAGUGAGAAAGGCUGAUCAAGUCGUGGUAGAAUAAGGCUCCACAAUCAUGAGCUGCCAUGCACUUUUUGCUUUAUGAAACCUCCUUGAAACCACUCAGGCCCAAUUGUGCUGCUCUCUUAAGUCGAGCUGCACAGUGGAAGUGGGGCCUGGACCUAUUUUUCAGCUUUGCCGAUCUCACAGAGGCAGAGAAGAUGACUUGAAGUAAAGACCUUUUCUUUUAACCUCAACGUUGUUGUUGUUUUCCAGCUCAUCAAUGACUCAGUUUGCUCCAAACGGACUACCUGAAUGCUGAUAAUAUUUAAGAAUGUUUGUAUCCAUAAGAUAGGCGUAGGAAUUUGAAUGCUUUUAUUGCUAAGGAACUUUAAUCAGCUCAGUAUUUUUUGCAAGUUAAAAAGGUUGCAAAACAGUAUAAUCUGGAAAUGAGUAUUCAGCCCAUGCACAGCAGAAACCUCAAGUUCAGUAGCCGAUAAACAGACUGUUGUUGCCGUAGAUCAACUGUCUCCAAACUGAUGCCCAACACAGACGUUCCUAGACAGUAUUUGGAGGCAGUAGGUUGCAUGAAACUGCCAUGUACUAUCUAACUGUAGUUAGCAUUUUGUUGUGGACUGGACUCUUGAUAUUUUUGUUUUUAUAAUUAUUUUUUUAAGUAUAUCUGACUUCGGGAGCGAAUGCUGUUCAAAGCCUAACCAAGCAGGCCACAGCCUGAUCCUAAGCAAUGCCAAUGGCUUGUAUUAUAAGGUAUUUUUUUCCUUUUUUUUUUUAAGUGAAUAAAGAGCUGGAUCUGUGCAUGCUUUGUAGGAGUCAGCUUUCUUGAUGCAACAUUUUCUCUCCUUUUAACUUCAAUGCAAACAGUGUAGAUUAUGCAUAUUAAACAUACAUAUUUGCUUCUUUUUGCACAACCCAUUUCAUUUAAUGUAAUUGUUAGAAUGUCCAUCAUGCAGAUCCAAGGAAGGUCUAAGGCUGUUUUCAGUGCACACAGAGUGGGGAUUAAGGUGGAGGCCGGGACAAGAGGGAUGGAGUUUGUAAUCUAUUCUCUGAAAUUCUGCGGGUUUUGUUUUUAUCAGGCAUUACUUUUAUGGGCUUUCAAAUCUGCCUUUGCACCAGAGGUGGGUUUCAGCAGGUUCUGACCAGUUCUGGAGAACUGGUGGCGGAAAUUUUGAAUAGUUCGGAGAACCGGUAGUAAAAAUUCUGACUGGCCCCACCCCCGUCUAUUCUCUGCCUCCCAAAUCCCAGCUGAUCAGGAGGAAAUGGGGAUUUUGCAAUAACCUUCCCCUGGAUUGGGGAGGGAAUGGAGAUUUUACAGUAUCCUUCCCCUGCCACACCCACCAAGCCACACCCACCGAACCAGUAGUAAAAAAUUUCGAAACCCACCACUGCUUUGCACACUUAAGAACUAGAAAUAUCCUUAUUUCUUCUGGAGGGAGAAAACAGAACAUAAGGUUUUUAAUAACAGAAAUCCUGCUCCGGUGUCAAGUUCUCUGGCUGCAACGUAACAUACAUAUAUAGCCUCCAUGGUGAAACGAGGCUGCCUUUUUUUUUUUAAUAAAAAAAACCUCCAUUCUGCUGGAUUCUGUUUUGUAGUAUUUUGAAUCAAGAAAUAGACCCUUAGACCUAAAUAAAAUGUAACUGUGCCCUGUCACUGGAUUUAGAGCAUCUCACACCUUAGUGGAAAUACAAUCUUAUCAUCUUAGAUCCCCUUAGUUGAAAUUUUUGCAUUCCACAAUCCCUGUUGUAUGUUGUUUAGAAUGCAGAGCUUUUUCUCAUUUCACAGUCUGCAACACGACAUAUUUGCCUUUUUCUCACUAGCUAUUCACUAUUUUUCUUUGGGUUUCCCCUUUAAUGUGCUUACCUUGGAGUUUUCAUAUUGUCCGCUUGUAGUUCAUACAAGUCGAAUCUAGGAGACUGAUGCCAAACUUUGCAAUUGUAACAUAAGGCCCCAGAGGAUUUUUUGGGUGGGGGAUGGGGUCCAUCAUUAUCAUCUAGAACCCAAAUCCACAAUCUGAUUAGGCUUUCAGUGUGUUGCAUUUUUAAAAAAGAGAUGUCAGGGCCAUCAGAUACGUGGUAGAGCAUUAAAUUCUACUGAAUCUCAAAGUACAAGGAUUGCAUGAACCCAGAUGAGGAAAAAUAGAAGAGAAUCCUGAAGUGGCUGUUCGGACAUGGAGUUCAAUUUCAUUUUUGCCAAAAUCACAAAGACUUGUUAGUGCCAUGAGCAGCGUCCUUACUACUUUUAAACAGUUAUAAAAAGCAAUACUAACUCUUUUGCCUAUAAAGCCUUUAGGAGAAAAAAAACAACAACAAAGCACAAAUAAUGCACUUAUCACAUGGUUGGACACAAAAUGCACUGGUUAAAAAAAGAAAGAAAUCGAUGGUAGAAAAGGCCUCUGUAUCUUGAAAAAGUGAUAUGAAUUACUGCCUCUAGUUCUGGAUGUUUAGUACCAUACUGUUAAUCUUUUCAUCUGCUGUUGGCCGCAGCAAUAAGUUGUGUAUGAUCCAUCGCACUGUAAACUAUGGGUCAAGUUAAUGUAAGCCAAUUAAAUAAUUUGAACUGUUCCUAAUA